CUUGAACAAAAAAAGGGGUUAAUGGGGUAAUAAAUUAAGUGUUUUUUUAAGAGAGUGGGAGGGAGAGAACGCAGGCGAGAUUUUUCUAUCUUAUUCUAUAUGCGUGGAAGGGAGAGGAGAACGCAGACGGCAGCGGUUGGGAUGGAGGGAGGAAGAUGUAGGAUUAAGGGUGGGGUAAGUUAACAAUUUUCCUGGGACUAGUAAAUACGUCCUCAGAGUUUCAGUCGUCGCCGUCGAAGUGAGUCGAUUUCUCCGGUGUUUCCAAUACAGUGUUAGAAGAAUGAAUCAUUACGUUCCUCUGGAUAUGUCGUCCAAGAAACAGUGUAACGCUUUUAGCAAUCGGCGUUACAUGCCGUAUGUUCCUCGAAGCAGUUAUACGCCAUCCGUUUCUCGACAUGAAACUGUUUCGUGCAAGAAACAGCAUGAUGCUUCUGAUAAACCUCGUAUCAUGAGCAGGAGAUUCGCCCUGACAUCUACUGCAUACUUGGAUGUUGGAAUCUGCGUGGUACCUGAUGCAUCCUAUGUGGAAUUCAUUCUCGGCGACAAUCGUGGAAAUAAGAUGGCGUUAAAUUAUUCAACGUGGAUGGAAUUUAACAAGAAACGUGCCGAAAUAGAGCAGCUCUUCAAGUCAACAGACGCAUCAUCAUCGGUACAGAUUGACAAUUUAGUUUUAGAACUUGUUAGAAUGUACAAUAAAAAAGUUGUAAAAUUCACGUUAGAUGACACUUGCAUGUACAUGAACAUGUCAACUGUAUUAUUUUUACUCAAACUCGAACAUUGUGUAGAGCAUGUAUAUCGCAAACAGUCGGAGGAUACAGAUGCUGUAAAUGAAAGCUUCGAUCAAUUUGUGUGUUGUUUGCAAAGUAAUAUGACCAGUGCCGAGAGAGAUGAUGCAAUUGGUAUACUGUACGAGGUAUAUAAUAAAACUUCUGUCAUAGAUUGUGAAUUAAUAGUUUAUGCUGUAGAUGAACUUAUUGUUGAAACCUUAAAACGAGGUGAUGAACGAAAAAAAUUAAUAAUUGUAUAAUAAAAUAAAAUUUUCAUCCACUAAC